CUCGGCGAUGCGGCGACCCGAUCUGGGAGACCUUCAUGGAUGUGGGGCCGCCCAGUAUGGGGCCGCGCGGGUGGUUCCCGACUGGCCACCUGCGCUUGCGAUCGAGGUCUAGCCGCCGAAGGGGCGUGCAUAGCUUCAUCGAUGUCACGUGGCUCCUCGAUUCGGAGCUCCACUGCGAUGUCUUGUCCUGACUUGUCUGCUCCUGUGCGCCUCGAUUCUCGGUAGCCACCUCCUGUGGGGGAUCUCCGCCCCACCUCGACCCCCGCCCCCAGGCCGGCGCCGGCGCUGCACAGGCCCGGCCGGCGCCGAGUGCGACAAGCAAAACGGCUGAGGGGGACGCCGCCGGCGGCAAGAACGAGGCGGCCGGCAGCGGAGCGGCGGCGCGUGCUGCGGAGUUCUACAUGCAGAAGCAGCGCGAGAUGCACCUGCAAAAGCAGGCCCAGGCCGUGGCCCCUCCCACCGCGGCGCCGGCCGCCGCUGGCGCGGCCACGGGCGCGGGUGGGGCCGUGUCCGCGGCCGAUCACGGCGUGCCCGGCCCGACGCAACUCUCCGCCACCGGCGCAGCCCCGAGCUCCGGCACCCCUCCUGUGCCGGCCGCACCUGCGCCCGGCCCGGAGCUGCCCCCCGUUGUCGCCGCAGCCGCAGGUCUCGGCGCAGCCCCACUGCCAGCCGCGGCUGGAGCUGGCGCUCCUGGCGGCAGCCCGCUGCCACACGCUGGCGCUUCGGUCGCGGCGGAGGCCGAUGGCCAGGCGGCGGCUGGCGCCCCAGCCCAAGCUGGCGCGCUCGGCGGCCACCUACAGGUCCCCCUGGCAGCCCCGAGCGCACCCCCAGCGCCGGCCGCGGCUGCCGCCCCAGCCGGAGCUGGCCUCACUGCAGGCAACGCAGCAGCCGCGAUUAUCAGCGGCGCCCCAGCGACAGCAGCGGCCGCCGCCCCGGAAGGGGCUGGCGUGCCCGGCGGCUAUCCGCACCUGCCUGCCAGCAGCGCAGCUGCCGUCAUUUCCAGCGGUGCCCCGGCGCCAGCCGCAGCCGCAGUCCCAGCCGGAGCAGGGGUGCCCGGUGGCUACCCGCACCUCACUGCAGGCAACGCAGCAGCCGCGAUUAUCAGCGGCGCCCCAGCGACAGCAGCGGCCGCCGCCCCGGAAGGGGCUGGCGUGCCCGGCGGCUAUCCGCACCUGCCUGCCAGCAGCGCAGCGGCCGUCAUUUCCAGCGGUGCCCCGGCGCCAGCCGCAGCCGCAGUCCCAGCUGGAGCUGGGGUGCCUGGUGGCUACCCGCACCUCACUGCAGGCAGCGCAGCUGCCGCGAUCGUGGAUGGUGCUCUUCCAGUGCUGUCUGGAGCGGUAGCCCCGGGCGGUUCUGGCGUGCCAGGCGUCCAGCCGCAUUUGUCUGUUGGCCAAGCAGCCUCAGGCGUUGGUGUGCCCCCAGUGCCAGCUGAAGCUGUAGCUUUUCCUGGGGCUGGCAUGCCCUGCGGCUACCCACAGCCACCUGUCGGCGGCUUUGACCCCAGCGUUGGAGCUGUGCCAGGCGGCUGGUCGCAGCUCCCCAGCGGCAGCAUAGCUCCGAGCGUCGGCCCGCUGACGGCCGCAGCUUCACCGCCAGCCGCCGUCGCAGCACUUGCUGGGGCUGGCCUGCCCGCCAGCUACCCGCACGUCUCUGCCGGCAGCGCGGCCCCGAGCGUGGGCGUUCUCCCUGCUCCCGCCGAGGUCGAAGCCCCGUCGGGAGCUGGCGUGCCGGGCGGCUACCCACACCUCCCCGCCAGCAGCGUGGCCGCGAGUCUCAGUGGCGCUCCUCCAGCUCCAGCUGGAGCUGCAGCCAGGCCGUGGGCGAGCGCGGCCCCGAGCGCACUGCAACCCGCAGCACCGGCAUCUCCCUGGGCUGCCGGGGUCGGAGCGCCACCCGGGGCCGACGUGCCAGGUGGCUGCCCGCAGCAUCCGCGGCGCGCCGAAGGGGGUUGGGAGCUGGGGAGGCGACCUUCGGCGAAGGCACCCUUGCCCUCUCAACUGGGACCACGAGGCCCUCCUGGGCCUUCCCCUCUGAAGCGCAGGCAGCCUGCAGCCUAGCGAGAGGAGCCUUCUUCCCAGAGGCCCGCCGCCUUCCCGGAGGUCCGACCGUCGCG